CUUAUGGUUGGAUCCGGGUUAGGCCACGCCCCCCAGCUGCUACCUGCUCCACUCCUCGGUCCCACCUGAACUUUCAGAGGACCAAGAUGAGUCUACCGGACUACAAAUCGACUGGUAAACAAUCUUCAUCUGCGCUAUCGCACUCCUCUGUGGUUCAGCUAAAUGUCGGGGGUCACCUGUUCAGCACCACACUGAGCACGCUCAGAAGACACCCAGACUCCAAGGUGGCGGAGCUGUUCGGCUCGCAGCCCAAAGUCAGUACCGACGCUCAGGGACGCCUCUUCAUCGACCGCGACGGUUCCCACUUUGGAGCCAUUCUGGAGUUCCUGAGGUCGGAGAAGCUGCCGACGGAAAACAUCCGGGAGGUGUAUACAGAGGCGGUCCACUACAACAUCAAGCCGCUGAUGAAACGUCUGGAGGAGACGCCUGAGCUGUUUGGGGAACUGGUGGGGAGACAGCAGUUCCUCUCCAGGGUCCCGCACUACAAAGAAAACAUCGAGGUUCUGAUCCGUAUUGCCAGAGCGGAGGCAGUGGCCGCGCGCCGCUCCACCAUCCUCAUCUGCGUCAUGCGGACGGAGGACGACCUGGGUUUCUAUGACAACGCCGUAAACAGCCUGGAGGCCGGAAAGGAGUCUGCGGUGACGUUCGGGCCGUGGAAGGCCGAGCCGUCCGUCAGAGACCUGCUGGACUGCGUGAAGAUGGACAUCGAGAGUCGCGGCUACAACGUUAGCAUCGAGGCUUACGUGCCCGAGCGCAGCUUCCUGUCCAAGAGCUACGACUUCUUCUACAAACUCACCUUCACCUGGUGGUGACGAAGCGCCCGCGGAGCUGUCUGUGGGUUCAAACUGAACGACUGCACUUUAUUGCUUAAUAUAUAAUGAGCUGCACCUUGUGGUUUUCUUACGGAAUAAUGUUCAAUCGAAAUAAAAUACACCGAUCUUUUUUUAAAGGGGACCUGUUAUGCAAAA